GGAGAAGGGAAGAAAAAAAAAAAAAAAAAGCCGAGUGGAGGACACGGACACACACACACAGAAGCCUCUUUUCUCGGUGCCUGCACUUAUGCCUGGUGCAGCUCCUCGCCAGCCCUGCUGCCAACCUGCUGCCCGCGCUGCCCCGCAGGAGCCGCAGCUCAGCCGCACGCCGGGCCCCGGGGCCAGGGCAGCCCCCGCCGGCGCUGCCGUUCCCCCCGCCGCGCACGGAGCCAGGGCAGAGCAUGGCCCCAGCCCUCCCGCUGCUGCUGCUCUGGCUGUUUGUCCCCACGGUGCUCCCGGAGGUGUUUGGCCCUGGAGAUGGCCCAGAGGACCCCAAGGCUCUGCAGGUGUCCAUCCCACGGCACCCAGCCCUCGAGGCCGUGCUGGCAGGCGACAUCACCAUCCCCUGCCUCAUCACCUACCUUGGCCCCCAGCCCACCGCCGGCACGGGCGGCCGCCGCGCCGUCCUGGGGACCCCCCGGGUCAAGUGGACCUUCAUCUCUGAGGGCAGGGAGGUGGAGAUCCUGGUAGCUCGGGGGGACAGGGUGAAGGUGAGCGAGGACUAUCGGCUGCGCGCCUCCCUGCCCAUCUUCCACCAGCGCUACACCAACGCCUCGCUGCUGCUCACCGAGCUGCGCCCCAACGACUCGGGCAUCUACCGCUGCGACGUGCAGCACGGCAUCGAGGACGGCCACGACAUCCUCCAUGUCAAAGUCAAAGGGGUGGUGUUCCACUACCGGGAGGGCUCCAUGCGCUACGCCUACACCUUCGCCGAGGCGCAGGAAGCUUGUGCCAGGAUCGGUGCCAGCAUCGCCACCCCCGAGCAGCUCUACGCCGCCUACCUGGGGGGCUACGAGCAGUGUGACGCCGGCUGGAUCGCCGACCAGACCGUCAGGUACCCCAUCCAGACCCCCCGCGAGGCCUGCUACGGAGAUAUGAACGGCUUCCCCGGGGUGAGGAACUAUGGAGUGGUGGACCCGGAGGACAUGUAUGAUGUGUACUGCUACGCUGAGGACCUCCCAGGGGAGAUCUUUUUGGAGACGGCCCCGGAGAGGUUCACGCUGGAGGAGGCGGCGCAGCGCUGCCGGGCGCUGGGCGCGGAGCUGGCGAGCCCGGGGCAGCUGUACGCAGCCUGGAACGCGGGGCUGGACGCCUGCAGCCCGGGCUGGCUGGCCGACGGCAGCGUCCGCUACCCCAUCGUCACCCCCCGGGAGCGCUGCGGCGGGGCUCUGCCCGGCGUCAAAACCAUCUUCCUCUUCCGCAACCAGACGGGAUUCCCCGAUGCCCAGAGCAGAUACGAUGCGUACUGCUUCCGAGAAGGGACAAACUCUUUCCCUGAGGCUGCAGGAAAAUACCAAGGCCAAGAGCCCGAGGAGAAUCUCCUCCAGGAGAUUGUCACAGUGGCAGAAAAGCUGGAGGAGCUGCAGCUGCCCCGAGCGCCCGUGGAGCUUGAGUCGCGAGGGGCGAUUUACGCCGUCCCUCUCUUUGAGGACCCUGACCUGGGCAAGCCGAGCCAGUCCCCCGAAGACGCCCAGCACCCCCCCCUAGCUACCUCCGUGUCCUCAGAGGAGGAGCAGGGAGCAGCGGCGGGCAGGGGCCCCGGCAGCGCAUCGGCGGAGAGCCCGGGCGGAGGGCGACACCCCGGCCGGCCCAUGGAGCCAGAGGGACCCACCGGUGCCCCAGCAGAGAGCCGGGAGGCCGCUGGAAGCCCCCGCCGCGGGCACAAGGCCGGAGGGGCGAGCACCCCGUUUUCAGCCGCGGAGGACGCCGAGCUCUCCGGAGACGUGGUGGAAAGCGCCGGGGCGCCCCCGCUGCCCCCCGCGCCCCCGCAGCCGCAGGAGGAGGGAGAGGAGCAGUCGGGAGCCGCGUGGUUCCCCUCGCCCGCCGCCCCGGGGGUGACACCGUGGCACGCAGCGCCGCCCGCCAGCAGCAGCGCGCCGCCACCGCCGGGCGCGGACCGCGGCACGCCUGCCGCGGCUUCCGAGGAAGAGGAGGAGGAGGAGGAAGAGCAUCCCGCUCCCUCCGUUGCCACCGUGGAGGGUUUCCUUGCAGCCGUUCCGGGAGAAGCAGGUGGCUGUGUCCCCAACCCCUGCCUGAACGGAGGGACCUGCGUGGAGGACGGCGCCCAGCUCACCUGCCUGUGCCUGCCUGGCUACGGAGGCAGCAGCUGUGAGACACCCCUGAGGAGGUGCAGCCCCGGCUGGGACAGCUUCCAGGGCGCCUGCUACAGGCACUUCUCCACCCGGAGGAGCUGGGAGGAUGCAGAGAGCCAGUGCAGGCACUACGGGGGGCACCUGGCCACCAUCCUGACCCCCGAGGAGCAGGACUUCAUCAACGGUAUGUGA